CAUGGCAACUGUAGAAGCACUUAUUCAAAAACAAAAUGAACAUAAAAAUUCUAUGAAAGCAACUAUUACUAAUAUGAAAAAGCUUUCCCGAGAAUUGCGCACUGUUGACACAUUAUUAAAAACAAUAGUGAAGUUUGAUCGAGUCUUUGCUCAAAUGGAAGCUUUAAAUCUUGAAAUUAGUUCUAAAGUGUCUGAUGAUCAAGUGAAAUCUUUGGAUUACUUUGUUAGUUCAUUUAUGACUGGAGCAAAGGAAAUUUAUGGCGAAGGAUUAGAGUUUGUUCGAAAGGAAUUAACUGAAAAGAGCAAACCUGAACCACCACCUGGCCCUUCCAAUAACGUUGGCAUGUCUGACGAAACUGGAAAAGAGCUCGUUAAAGUUUUGAAAAAUAUGAAUUCGCAGAAAAAGUCGGUAAAAAUUAAGUCAUUGGAAAUUCCAAUGUUUUCGGGAGAUGAUAUUCGCGAGUACACUUCCUUUAAAAGUUUGUGUAAAACUGCUCUAGAUGGCUCCGAAUAUGGGUUACAGCAAAAACUGGGAUAUUUAAAAACCCGGUUGAAGGGCAAAGCCCUAAAUGUAAUCAAGCAUUUAGAAUUGCUGGAUAAUAACUAUAAAGAAGCUUGGCGUUUACUUGACAUUCGUUAUGGAGAUAAAUCUGCCCAAACGGAUGCUGAGCUGAAGGCUCUUCAAGAAUUACAGCCUAUAAGAGGUACUCGCUAUUUAGGCGACUAUCGAAAAUUAAUUGAUAUGGCAAGAGAAGUCCUUGCUAAUUUGAAACUCUUAGGCCAAGACAUUCAUGAUAAUGACAUUCAACUCUUCAAGACAAUUCGCGACAAACUUGAUUAUAAAAGCAGAAUUGAUUAUGAUGAAAAAUCGGUAGGAAAACCUGCGUCUAUUGAAAACUUGCUUACAUUUUUGGAAAAUCGUUACAAAAUUCAUGAAAACUUAAGUUCUAGUAGUAGUACUAAUAAUAAUAAUUACAAUAAGAAUCAAAAGGCAUUUUUCACUGAUCGCUUUCGAAAAGGCUGUUUAAUUUGUCAAUCAAAAGAUCAUAAAACCACUCGUUGUCAGACUCUUGCUAAUGCUGACGAUCCUCGCAAACUAUUAUUUGAAAAAUUUAUUUGCAUCGCGUGUGGUUCUCACCCUUACAAUAAAGACACUAAAUGUCAAGUUCGCGAAAAGCUAGAAUGUGAGGUCUGUCAUAAAAAGCAUUUAACAUCUUUGCAUCGGGCAAAUAUGCACCAAAAAAGUUUGGUUGCCAUAACAGAUAAUGCAGAGCAAAAUAUAAUUUUACCUUCAAUUAGAGCAUUUUUGAGUGGAAAGCAUGGAAUGCUCGAAGCUACUGGCUUAGCCGACUCGUGCUCUACUGCAUCAUACAUCUCUGACAAAUUAGUAAAGAAACUAAAACUACCCAGACAAGAUUACAAUGAUUCAGUUUCUGGUCUGGGUGGCGUCACAGUUGCCUCAAUAAAAUCUAAAGUAAAAGUCACUUUAUGCUCUAUUUAUGACACAAAUGUCACUCUGACAAUUGAAGCUCUUGUUUGCGAUCAUGUUGCAAGUGCCGUAUCUUCCUUGCAAUCAGCAAAUUAA